AUCAAACGCCGCCAUUCAUUGUACAUUUACAUUUAAGGCAGCAGAUUUCUCAGAUGGAUAUCGACUAUCCUCUCUGAUACCCCAAUGCUACACCAUAAGUCGCCGCUAUGACGAGGUUACAACUAUAUGUCGCGGGUUCGACUGUUCUCGCGAACAUCGUCCUCUUGCGUGCAUACUAUGAGCGACCCAACUUUUACUCCGCUGCCGUCUACAUCUCGCAGAGCACCGGCUCUCUUAUGUUCCUGAUCAAUCUUGCGCUCAUAAUUACUGGAAGUAUUGGCUAUGGACUCCAACGGCUGUUCUAUGGGCCACUCCGCGCGAUCGAAACCGAACAGCUUUACGACAAAGCAUGGUUCGCUGUCAGCGAGACGUUAUUGGCGAUGACCAUAUUUCGGGAUGACAUUGGUAUAUGGUUCUUUGCUAUGUUCCUGUGUCUCUUGGGAGGAAAGGUUUGGCAGUGGAUCGGCGAAGGCCGAGUGGAAUACCUUGAGCAACAACCGCCAGCAAACCCGCGCCUUUUCCACAUACGGCUCAUGAGCUCGCUGCUCUUCUCCGUGGCAUUCGACGUAGUCAUGAUGCAAUACUGCAUCGAUCACAUCCUUCAGAAUGCGCGCCCCGGCGUGAUGGUCAUGUUUGGAUUUGAAUACGUGCUACUCGCAAUAGCUUCGAUUUCAAGUCUCCUACGAUAUGCUCUAUCGCUUGUAGAAAUUGUCGUUGUCCAUCGACAAGAAAAGGCCCGAGUGGAAGCUCGACGACUCUCAAGAGAACGCGCACGAGAGCAGGCAGCUGCAUCCGAAAAUGCUGGCGAACCAACGGAACAAAUUGAAGAGGAUGAAGACGAAGACGAGGGGGACGUUCCCGGCUGGGAAGAGAAGGGGCGAUGGGUGUUCUACCUCGAUCUUGCCACAGACUUCAUCAAGUCCGUUGUCUAUAUUGGCUUCUUUAUGAUUCUGAUGGCCUUCUACGGCAUUCCUCUUCACAUUAUGCGCGACUUGUUCAUGACCUUACGUUCCUUCAUCAAACGAGUGAACGAUUUUAUCCAGUACAGAAACGCAACACGAGAUAUGAACGCACGCUACCCCGAUGCGACAGUGGAGGAACUGGAGCGGGAGAACACAUGUAUUGUCUGCCGAGAAGAGAUGCGACCGUGGAAUCCCGAUGGAGCAGCAGCCGGACAACAAGCUGGAAGACGUGUGGACGAACGACAACGGCCCAAAAAGCUGCCAUGUGGACAUAUAUUGCAUUUCAGCUGCCUCCGAAGCUGGUUGGAAAGGCAACAAGUGUGUCCUACAUGUCGCCGUCCUGUUCUUGUUGGAGGAGCCCAAAACAACCAAAACACACAGGCAAAUGCAGGAAACCAAAACCCACAGAAUCAAGCAAAUGCGCAACAACUAAGAGGGUUUGCCAAUCUUCGAAAUGAUCUCCAAAAUCAGAUUCAGCGUGGCCAGCCUGGAGCCCCGCCGCCUCAAGCUCCCAACGGUGCGCAACAACAAGGAGACCAGCCGGGUGGAAAUAUGCGGGUGUACAACUUCGGGCCCAUUCGACUCGCGCUUGGCCGCUUUCCCAACGCGCAGGAGGCUGUCAAUAACCUGAACGCGAACGGCAUGCAUAAUGCUGCGCAACAGGUUGCACAAAACCUCGAUCAGGGUCAGAACCAGGCUCAAAACCAGCAUCAGACCCCCGUUCAGGAUCAUGAACUAGGCUUACCUCAGCUACCCGGGCUCGAGGGAGGACUGCCACCCGCGGUCUAUCCGCACCAUCCUACUGAUAUACAGGCCGACAUUCUACGCCUACAGUACAACAUCAUAAGCUCCCUCCGGCAACUUAACAUUCAGCAUAGUCAGUUAGAAUACAUUCACGCACUGCUUGGCGAGCUCAAUCGGCUUCAGCAAGCAUCUGGUAUCACAGCAGCUAGCGGUCAAGAGCUGCCCAUCAUUGCACCUCUAAGUCAGAACUUGGGAUUCAAUACGACAAGUCCUCAGGCAUACUUUUCCAGCGGACCUGUUCUACGACAAGGUGACACAGGACUUCCCGAAGGACUGGUCUUGCCUGAGGGCUGGACACUGAGGCCAAUGGCUCCGUCAUCACAACCAACGAAUGACCAACUCCCUUCGUUCUUACCCAAUGACGUAGCCACCGGGGCAGUAGGUGGGGAGCAAUUACCAUCUUCUUCAACAUCGAGCGCGCCAGCCCAGGCUGAGCAAGAACAGCAGCCAUCAUCGUCUGCACCGCCAACAGAAUCGAGUCCUGGAGAAACAACAUCUAAGCAAGCCGAGCCCAGCUCAUUAGAAUCUAGUUGGAGCUUCGGAAAUUUACCGGGGGCCAACGUGGCGGAAGGUUCUAGCUCUGCGGUUGCGGAGCGCGGUACCGAAGGCGAGGACGUCACGCGGCGACGGGCGGUCACGGUCGAAGACGUAGAAGACAACGAACAAUAGGGACGAAACAUUGGUGGCAUCUCAGGCAUGCAUAGCGAGGCGUUUCAGGAUUAGGGAAGAAGCUCAGAAUAGCUUCGAUGGUGGAUCGCAUCCAUCGUGAAGAUGGUCGUUAGCGGUUCAACAUGAUCAUUCCACUUGUCUGUCAUAGGAAAUAUCAAUCUCGUUAUUGGACAAGAGACGAGGCAAUUAUCACAAGAAAUGCCGAACCCUUGGUCACCAUGGUGUGUGUUGUCUACGUGUUGACGUCCUAAGGCAGCAAAUGAAGCAUGCUUAUCAACCCGGCCGAAAUGAAUUACUGACAGCGUGCAUGCACAUGCAGACUGUUCACCCCACACCGCAGAUGUAGAUACGU